GUGAUUGAUCACCCAGCGCGCUAUCGCGCAAAAGACAUCACAGUGGAGUGAUUUAAACCUGCGCCAUAUAGCUUAUGGUACUUAAAAUAUCACGCGCUCUAACUGCGCUUAAUGUGAUUCGGCUGCUGACGUUCAUGCUCAAGAAACUGCUGCUGCAUAAGAGUACAUGUUUUCGUCAAACCUUCCCCAUAGUGCCGAUAAUUGUGCGGGAGCCUGGAGGGUGUUACGUGGGCUACGGCUUUCUGGUACGCUCCUUAUGCCACAACCUGCAUGUUUCUCUAUUUCUCACUAUCGUGCUCUGGCCCUCACUCGCUCCCUGUCUCUCUUGCGCGCACUCCCCCUCUUUCGCUGGCGCUCCUAGACAUUCGUGAAUAGACGACAGACAAGCCGCUUCGAAAUCAAUACAGUACGAAGGAAACCGGAGCCGAGUUGUGGGUGCGCUCCUCUACGGCGAUCAUAUACCUGCAGUCUCGGGGAGAUUUGAGAUUAUGUGAUCAAGACCCGAAUCAAGUGGAACAGCGGAACAGAAGAAUUUCGCCAGUUGCCUCUGUCGUCAAGGUCCUGUGCGCAUAUUGGAGAUAAUGGAAGGACAGCAAAACCGUUAUCCGGCAGCAACAUACCUAAACUUUUCUGGAUGCAUGCGCAAUGUUUGAAACUUCACACUUGGAUUAGUUUGAGAAUUGAAACGUGUGUAUUUGGAGGAGGCACGUGCGGGGUGAGUUGAUUCACUCGGGGUCGUGAUUCUUUACUUAGGAUCAGAACUAGAAUGCGUCUGUGGUUAAAUGUGUAGGCUACUGCAACUAGCUGUUGAACUUGCUGCUUGUACAGUCAGUGCAGUUUGCGCUCCUCAGGUUACUAUGAUUCUCUGUUAUGCAUGGAAAAUCAGGUGAUCAAAUAAAUUAUUAUCAAGUUUGUCUAGGGUGUUUAGCGAAAAGGAAAACUAUCUUACAAAAACAAAUCGGCGAAACCUUUAAGGCACAUGCUGUGUGGAAGUGGCAAGUGAAGUUGAAUACUUAAAUCAGAGAAAUAUUAUGCAUUUUGAUUUAUUCAAGGGACAUUUUAGGGUCAUCUGAGAUUUUUAAGCAUGUGAGUGUUUUCGAGACAAAACUUUGUUAGCGUUUUGCCCGUGAGCCAUGACCCAAGUGGACUUCAAAUUAGUGCGGUGAAUUAUUGAGAGAAGGUUAUGUUUUGUAUAUACAUCCAGUCAAACUCCAAACUUUCAUUCACAUUUCAGAAACAUUCCAGUCUAAUGUUCUUGAAAUAUGUGGAACCCAGAAAAUACAAAAAAAUAUGUGAAAACUAUAAAAUUAAAAGUUUGUAAACUUUAAUGAAAUGUAGAUAUUCCCAAGGAAAACGAUAUAUUACGCUAUACAACGCGAAAUGUAUGGAUUAUACAUGUGAUAUGUGCACAUAAAGAAAGAAAAAUAUCACCUAAAAUGUAUAUUUUUUUAAAAAUGCAGGAUUGCAGUUUGCUUUCAUAACUUCUCACCUAGCAUAUUAUUUAUUCUAUGUCGAUAAAAAAGGUGGGGAGGGUAUGGUCAUAAGAACGAAACCCAGUCCGCAUAGUGAGAUUGGCAGUUAGAAACAAGUGUGCACGAGAGGACAGGUGUUAUCUGCACAAGCAUUCACUAGCAUCUGUUUUUGACAUUAUUUACAAGUACUGAAAUCAGAUAAGCCGGUGUGCGGAGAAGGGUUAUGUGAUGGAAGUCUGAAAGAUAAGCCACUCCUAAAAUGCGUUGCCAUUGGUACUUACUGUAUGGCUGUAAAGCCAACAGCCGUUUCUCAGGAGCAGACUAUAAUGCCCACCCCUUCAAUAUAAUACCUAAUACCUGUGGCGUGCUUUACAGUGCGCCGCUCAAAUCGCUUUGAAACCUCAGAGCUAAUGGAAAUUCUCCAUCCCAGUUAAAGACUGUGGAGUUGCAUGUGCAUGGGAAUUAUUUAUUUAUCCUCAUCCAAGGAAAUUCUGUUGAAUUGCUCCCAAUCAGGGGUCACUUCCACACAAACUUUUUCCCCCAUUGAUCACAGGGCCUAUUUAUCCCAUGGGGGAAAAGUUGCUCCCCUUCCAUAACAUGCAAUUUAAAAGAGGUAUUGGUAUUUAUUUAUUUAUGUUUAUAUAUUUAUUUAUUUAUCCCCCUCUGGUCAUAAGGUCUUAAACAGUGCAAUGGGCUACUGAGAUAUGAAAGUGUUUUUGAAAAGUGUGCUGUGAAUUCUCUUAAUUUUGGUAUGUCUAGGGGAGGAUGUGGGCAGUGUAAACAGUGUUCCAUUCAUUCUUGGCAAAAUUACAUUUCAAAGAAUUAAAUUUUCUCUUCUCCAAAUAAUUUUUUUUCCUUUGGAAAUGUAGCACCUUGUGUGUGACAGCUGUUUGUUCAAAUUACUUAACGAAUUACACUGCCUCAGUUCUAACUGGCGUUGCCUGUGCAAAUUCUACUGAGUUGUCAAUAUUAGGUAUGAAUCUGUGUGAAAAAAUAUAUUGGUUGUAGCUAAUAAUGUUGAUGCCAUUACUUGAAAUAUUUUUUACAGCUGUAUUUUAUUAUCUAAAGAAACACACUUUGUUCAUCUGCAAGUGACAGUGAUUGUGAUAUGAUGAGAUCUCAGAUCAGUGCCAUUUGAAAGAGCCAGAAGCAGAAAAGUGUACGGUUUGUUGAAGUCUGUGUUGGGUGAACUCCCCAAAGCUGGAGGGAAGAAGGGGUAGCCAGAACAGCCUGUACCUUCCGUACAAAAACCUGCACAUUCUGUAACUUUAGUCCAUCAUUGUACCUUUUGUAAAUGGACCUUUAUUGACAUUUUUGAAAAGUCUCUCUCUCACUCUAAACUGUUGACUUCUCUUUGCAGGAUGAUGAUGGUGGGAGGGGAAUCAGGGUCAUUUCAUCAGUAUUUUAAUGAUGUGUUAAACCAUUCUGUACUACUGAAGGAAAGGGUGUGAAUUGCUUAAUGGUGAAAUAAGAAGAGCCUCUGAGGUUUUUGUAGUCAGCAGUAUAGAAGUUAUGGCUGGCUUCAUUAUGAGUUUGCUGAAGACUUACAGUCAGUGAAUUAAAAUAGAGACCCGCUGACUCAUUUGCACAGAAAAAAGGCUUGCAACAUUGCCUAUUAGUACUGGCGCUGGUAUUAACUUGGCUGUGCUAUAUGGAGUUAGUUUUGUGAGAAUGCGUGUGUACUCUUAUUUUUUCUCUGUGGGAGUUUCUCGAAAUUUCUUCAUCUGAAUUCGUUUUUAAUCUGCAGUGCCGUAGAAAAGUAUUUGCACCUUCCUUCUAUUAUUAUAUUAUUUAUCACCUAUCAUAUUUGUCACACAGACUGGUUUCAGAUUUUUAGACCAAAUGCAAUAUUAGACAAAGGGAGCCUGAGUAAACACAAAAAACAUGAAAUGUUUGAUUACUUUUUCAUUAAAUAAAAUAAAAAGUUAUCAAACAUUUCAUAAUACCCAUGUGAAAGAAUAAUUACCCCCUUAUUUACUCAAUUAACAAAUUAACCAAAUUUUAUUUAUAGUUAGAUCCAGCUAAGUGAACACAGCCAGGCUUGAUUGCUGCCAACCUUGUUGAAUCUAGACAUCAUUCAUAUUGAACCUUACCACCAGAGUGAGGUUAUCACCACUGAGUUUCUACUAGUACACUGUGCCACAAUCAAAAUAAAUUCCAGAAGAAAGUUGUUGAAAAAUAUCUGUCUGGAAAGGGUUACAAAGCCAUUUCUAAGGCUCUGGGACUCCACCAGACCACAGUGAGAGCCACCAUCUCGAAAUGGAGAACACUUGGAACGGUGGUGAUUCUUCCCAGGAGUGGCUGGCCUCCCAAAGCUUCUCCGAGGGCACAGUGACAACUCAUCCAGGAAGUCACAAAUGAUCCCAGAAGAUCAUCCAAAGAACUGCAGGCCUCAGCUAAGAUGAAGUCCGCGGGGGUUGGUGACGGAAGUCUCUUCACGGAGAGCUACUGCAACAUCUGCAAUGCCCAGCUGAUCUCUGAGUCCCAGCGUGUCGCCCACUACGAGAGCAAGAAACAUGCCAAUAAAGUGCGUCUGUUCUACAUGCUGCACCCCGAGGAUGGGGGCCCACCCUCCAAGAGGCUGAGACCUGACAACCCGGACAGCGAUGAGACCGAAGUGGACCGAAACAAGUGCUGUACCCUGUGCAACAUGUUCUUCACCUCCGCCAUCGUGGCGCAGUCCCACUACCAGGGCAAGACGCACGCCAAGAGGGUUCGGCUGGUCCUGGGGGAGCCACCGAGCAUGCCCGCUCCAACAGACUCCGCCCCCAGCAUGCCCCCGUCGGUGGACCCGCCCCCGCUGCUCCCCCCGUCGUGGCUGCCGGCCAACAACGGGGAGGCGGGGAAGUUCUGCUGUCUGUGCGGCGCCUGGUUCAACAAUCCCCUGAUGGCACAGCAGCACUACGAGGGGAAGAAGCACAAGAGGAACGCGGCGCGCGCGCGGCUCCUGGAGCAGCUGGCGGGCAGCCUGGACGCCACCGAGACCACAGGCCUACGCAGUAGCUACUCCUGUAGCGUGUGCAAUGUGAUUCUCAACUCCAUUGAGCAGUACCAUGCCCACCUCCAGGGAUCCAAGCAUCAAAACAAUUUAAAGCAGCACCAGAAGUGAUGGCCCGUCGGAGAAACCAAGCGGAACAGCGGCGGGACCCGCGGCUCGUGCGACCCGGAGCACGUGCCGUCCGGCGCUUUCCAGGACUCGGCGGGGGGGACUGGCAGCCUUUGCUUUCGCCGAGGGUCUGACAGCUGUGCUUAAAAACCAACAACAAAAAAAAAGACAACAAAACUGUCUUGGAGGUCGUCGAGGUGCUGGAGAUCAGUCAUCCUGCUGCCCCCUGUGACUGUGAACUUUAAGUGAUGUCAAUAAACGAUGAAGAAAAAAAAAGGAUGGUGUGAACCAUUAACAUCUGGCUGAAGCUCACACAGAAGCUCAAGAAUUCCUUGUGGGUUUCCAAGUCUCCUAGCCAAAACUAGGUCAGGUGGGAGGGCAGUUGGUAGGUGGGAGGACUGCCCUAAAUACUUUUCUGUUCCCACCCAUGCCACCCCCCCCCCCCCAAACAAAAAACAAAACAUAAUAUGAUAUAAAACAUUCCAGUUUCCAGUUGGAUAUGCUAAUAGCGAUUAGCUAGAAAUGUGCCAUUUAUCUACAGUACUACAGCCGAAUGUGGCUGGAACAUUGUGGCAUUACAUCAAGGUUUUUGUCUCCCUCUCUCUAAAAUACAUUUUUUGGAGCCACAGCUGCGGUCAUGGAUCUGAAAUGUGCCAACCUUUCCUCUGACACUCAGCGCCUGCCCAGCGAAUCUUCGGUUUUGGCUCACCGUCGCUGCGGGCAGCACCAAUGCGGGGGAGAGGGGUCUGAAUUGAUUGGAAACUUUGUGAGGUUCUUGAAACACCCCUCCUGGGCUCCUUGGCUUUUCAGGCGCUUAAAUUUAUGCUCGGUCUUUUAAUGGGCUUGUUCCCUGUGAUUGCACUGAGACCAUGCCAUCUCUCCCUCGAGAAGUCAUGUGACCUGUUGUGAAGCGUUCAUCUGGAAAAGACAAAGUUUUAACAUUAUGCCAUUGUUAAAAUAACAGUGCUGGUGCAUUUUUUGAAUGCACUGUUAAAGAUGUGUACUUGUAUCCAGCUUAGUGCAGGGAUUCAUCAGUCUAGCAGAAAAACAAAACAAACCACUGAACUGUUAUCUGUGAACUGCAUAGUAUGGAACUAUUAAAGUACUGAUUUUGAUUUCAUGACAUCAGUUUCUGGAUGUGAGGGACAACAUAAUGACCGAGCCUGGUGCACAUGCAACAGUUUUCUUCAGCUAUUAAGGAGUGCAUGGGGGGUGGGGUUCAAGAAAAUGUCUCUGGAUCCUCAAGAUGACAUUAAUGACCAUCAUCUAUGUAAAAACAGGCUAAAUACACACUCAGGCAUACACAUAUUGUUUCACUUUAUAGAGUAAUAACAGGCAGUUCUCUGUGUUUAUAUUCUUGGUCUUGAACAGUGUGCAAACUUGUCAACUGAUUAGCUUGUUCCUCUUAGCUUCUCUGCAUUUGACUGUCUUUAAAAGGGUCUUUGGUUAUAUAUCUUAAAUGAAGGAAAGCAGUCUAUAAAAGCAGAAUAAUAUAUUACAGAGUAUUUUACUUAGAGAUCUCAGAGAAAUUGAUAUAUUUGUAAGGGGAAGAAUACGACAUGUAAACGGUACUGUAGAAGGUAGUUGGUUAGCUAGUAGCAAGGAAGUCAAGGCAGGUAGUGUAUGUGGGAGGGGGAUAUGGCAGCCUCAAAACACAGCAGAAAAGGUGGGGUUUGACUUCUCUGAGAUGGCUGGGGGAGUUACAGACUCGAGGGGCAGCUACAGAGAAACCAAGGCAGUGUUGCCUGGGAAACAGGUUGGCGCUAUUGGAUCGGAGGUUGAUGAGGGACUUGGUCAUUGUGUGGGUUUUCAACUUAGGUCCAAAUCAAAAAUGGUGAAGAUUUCUUACUUCUAGGUUUGUCUGUAGAACCAGAGUGUAAAGUUCAUCUCUUUUAAAUUUGAGGGCAACUAAAGUGUGCCUCUGUCUUAUCUGCCUCCUUAAAAUCACCAUUAUCACUGUUUAAUUCAAUCCAUUUGCACCAGCUAUUCAUAGUUUUCAUGCCGAUCAACAUUUAAACAAAUAUGGUGCUGCAUUGUUAUAUCAUAUGAAGAGGAAUUCUAAUUAAUUAUGUUUUUAAAUUUUGUUUAAUUAUUUUUUGCUGAGCGCAUGACCAUAUCUAGUUGGACAUUACAUUUUUAGAUAUUGUCUGUCCAAACAAAUAUAUACUCUUAGAAGCAGUUCGGGAUUCAAACCUGCAACCUUACGAUUGUGUGUCUAGCUCAUUAAUCGUUACAUCAACCAAUGCUGUGCAAAGCUGUGUGGGCUGGACUUUACACAUGUUAAUGAUGCGUAGGUGAGCCUUUGUAAUAUUUAAUGAGAACACAUAACAAGGAAGGGCAAGUACACUGUGAGCACCCACUACGCAUUCACUCCUUGUUUCACUGUUUCUCUCUCUCUCUCUCUCUCUCUCUCUCUCUCUCUCUACCUGACCACCCGCCCCUCCCCCUUCAACCGCCACCAUUCCUGCCUAUUUCUGUAACAAUGUGAUAUUACUGCUUUUUAACAACAACAGCUACUGUACUGUAAAAACAUGGAUCCUUCAACAUUAUUGUAAUCACCUCAUAUGGAAUGCAUGUACCAUACUGGCUUUCUUAUGUGCUGCAUCGCUGUGACAGUACAAAGAUGUGCGUGCUGUCAGACAGAUUGCGAUAGCAGAUUGCAGACAGAUUGUCUGCUGUUUUCACAAUUGGUUUUUCACUGUAAAGGAAUAACCACUUUAGCAGCACAGUGGGGUGUGCGCUUGAAACUGCCUGGUAGCUAGCUGUGUGUAUCAUUAUUUACCCUCGCCUUUUUGUUAACAAGGGAUUCCUUAAAGAGGCAGCACCUCCCCAAAGGUUGGCUGACAUUGUGGCACUGGCACUCAUAUCUGUAACCUGUAAAAUGUUGACUGAGCGCAUGAUGUAGUCGAUGUUAAGUGAUGCUAACACCGCAUACAGCACUGUCUCUGUGUACAGUGCUUUGUGAAGCGGUCCUGCAUGCUUCACACUGUGCUAAAAGACGGGCAUUGUUUGUUUCUCAUUUUCACAUCACGUUGUUUAAAUAUUUAGAAAGUCUUUGUCAGUUUUACAGUAUUUGAGAUCAAUAAUUUGCUUUCAGCUUCCUGCUUGCCUCAGUGAGGUCAAGUUUUAAAUUUUACUGACGGUGUCAUAAUGAUUUUCUAUCAUUUUCUAUUUAUUGACAUGAAGAUCAGGAACUGGGCGAUUGUUAAUGGUGUUAUGUCAUUUUAUAUUAAUGAAUGAAUUUUGUGGCCCUACAACCAAAACGCCCUACAACCAAAAAAAAAAAAAAACAACCAAAACAAAGGCUAAUCUUUUUUGUUUCGUUUUUAUUUUUUCAAUUCAGCUAUUUCUGGAAAAGUAGCAUGCUGUUCAAGCAAACAAAGUGAUAACAAUCAUACUAUUAGUUGUGAACAGAAGAAACUGGUUGUAUUGACUGUAAGACUGUAUUUUCGGUAGCCGUUCCCUCUAAGGGAUAGAUUUGGUGUUUUAUAGUCGCUCUCCUGGAGGCCUGUCUAUUUCAUUUAUAACCUGCACUUGAAUCACUUGCGUUCGGAUUACCUGACCCGAUCGAAAAAACCCUUAAGCUGUUACAUAGACGAACAGAGGCCUGUUUGUGUCUCAGACCAUUCAUAAUUAAACAUCUCUGCUGUUAGGUCUUCUGUCUAAGAGAUAAAAACACACUGUUGUGGAAGUGUAUUGAUGUCCCCAAACCCUUGUCUUGCCUCCGGGAAGUGUAUUAUAAAUCAAGAAGGAUGAGAGAGGGAUGGCAGCGAUGAGGUAGAGAAGAGAGAGGGACUGAGGAAGAGAGAGAGGGCAGUUUCUCUUCAAGUGGGCUGUAGCCAGCUCGACAGAUAGACCCCAACUCUCAGAGUCUAGACUUGCAAUAUCCCAGAGCAAAGUUCAGAUGCAACAGUUCAUAAUCAAAAGCUGUGAUUAUUGCACUGUCACGCUGCGGAAUCAUGUAGCUUGUGUGAUUGUUUUGUGGCUGGGUUCCGUGGGUCUUAAGUUAACAUAGUCCCGCCCUGAUUGGGUACUAAGCAGCUGCGAUUAAUGGAAGAAACAAGGGCACAGUGAAAUUUGGAUGCAUGUAGGGCACAAAAGGGACCCUGCAAAAAUUGUUCAUCAGUGUGGAAGUCACGUGUGACUGCAGGCGUGGCUACAGUCUGCCAAAGGUUGUGGAGGUCUGAGGCAGCUGAGGGCAGUUAGGAAGUGGACAGCUGUGCUGGACUCCCUGAGCCAAUGCUCCCAAACACUGGAGAAAAAAUAGUCCUUUUACUCAUGGAUUUGUACAGAAUAUUCACUACAGAUGUGACACAUCAUAGCCAGCUCAUGUUCUUUACAAAAGCAUAGUGUACAGUCUACUUGAAGGGCUUCAUUGGUUGGGUAUGGAAGUCUGUGCAAUGUGUUUUUUCAGUUGAUAUGUGGAUAUGUGGACUUGACUGUGUUUAAGUUUCUCUCUGUUUCUAUUUGAAACUCAUUUUUGUCUUCAUACUUUUUGUCCUUCAGCUAAACCCUUUCCCCUGGCAUUUUAACAACCUCAAGCUCAGCGUCUGAUUAAAAUGUGUAUUUUUUGAA